GCUGGGGCCAUGGAGCGCUGGACCGGGCGCGUCGCGCUGGUCACCGGCGCCUCCGUGGGCAUCGGCGCGGCCGUGGCGCGGGCGCUGGUGCAACACGGCAUGAAGGUGGUGGGCUGCGCACGCAGCGUCGAUAAGAUCGAGAAAUUGGCAGCUGAAUGCCAGAGUGCUGGCUACCCAGGGACCCUCAUCCCCUACAAGUGCGACCUCUCCAAUGAAGAGGAGAUCCUGUCAAUGUUCUCUGCCAUCAAGACCCUUCACCAAGGAGUUGAUGUCUGCAUCAACAACGCAGGGCUGGCUCGCCCAGAGCCCCUGCUUUCAGGGAAGACAGAGGGCUGGAGGACAAUGAUAGAUGUCAAUGUGAUGGCUGUGAGCAUCUGCACCCGAGAAGCCUACCAAUCCAUGAAAGAGAGAAACAUUGAUGAUGGGCAUAUUAUUAACAUUAACAGCAUGAAUGGCCACAGCGUUGUACCACAGUCGGUGGUGCACUUUUACAGUGCCACCAAGUAUGCGGUGACAGCCCUCACAGAGGGGCUGAGGCAAGAACUCAGAGAAGCAAAGACUCACAUACGAGCUACAUGUAUAUCUCCAGGUCUGGUGGAAACAGGAUUUGCUUUUAAACUUCAUGAUAAUGACCCUGAGAGAGCUGCUGCAACCUAUGAGAGCAUUCGGUGUCUCAAAGCUGAAGACAUGGCUAACGCUGUCAUAUAUGUCCUCAGUGCCCCACCUCAUGUACAGAUCGGAGAUAUACAGAUGAGGCCCACGGAGCAGAUAUCGUAGCACAGGAAGAGGAGCGUGGGCGGCACCGCGCACCCACUCCGCUUGGAAGCCUCUGGCAAUGCAGGGGUCGGCAGCUGGCUAGCAACGUUGUAAUCAAGUACUGAGGAUCACCUUUGAAGAAUUCUUUUUCUCUCCCUCUCUCUGAGCUGGUGCUGGUGCUGAGCCAGUGUAAAAAGAAAUAGCAGUGGGUCUCUUUCUCCUCCCCACUCCUUUCUCAAACUGCUGGAGAGGAAAAUGCGUUUGAAAACAAUGCAGGGAAGUUGUUUGUGGAAGAUCGUUGUCUCCAGGCUGCUUUACUCUUCCUUUUGCUUUCUUUUCAGGGUUUGUUUGACCUUAUUUUCUGAUGCUGAGUCUGGACAUAGGUGAAGUGGCACAAGAUGUUUGCCAGCUUUGGCGUGUUUAGGGCUCGAGAUUUUCAGCGGAUGUCCUACAUGAAUCCAUCUACUUUGGGAGUUUAUUUUCAUCAAGUUGAUUACUGAUGGCACUGAUGCAUGUGUUGUUUUCUACUUCUUUUGUGUUCCACUGCCCUAACCCCAGUGUACAGUCUCACUCACCUCCACAACCCCUCCUUUCCCAUUCAGGUGAAUCAUGCCUGCCAAGUUUGAGGAAGUACCAAUGUGUGUGCUUGCUGUUUCUCUUUUUUUCCUAGGUAGGUAGGUAAAUAGUUGGAGGAAAAGUACCUGUACUCCUGCAGGUUAGAAUGAUCAUCUAAGUGGCAUAGUUACAGUGCGAGUGAGUUGUUUGGUGUCUGUAAUAAAAACUAACCAUGUGCUGUCUUGUGAUCACCUCUACCUUUGGUCUCACCUCCCAGCACUCUUGACGUUUCCUGCGUGGCGUCUGCAUGCUUUGACACCCUGCUGGAAACGUGGCUCACUCUUGGGAAGAUGUGUGAUGCUGUUUAAAUGCUGGUGCUGGUGGGUGGGGAUGUUGAAAAGUUUGUGUAUAUGCAGAGAUAAAAACUUGAAGAGAGAGAGAGAGUGAAGUGAACCGUGCUGAAGCUGUCCAAUAUGAAAAGACGUUAGUAGAGGCGUUUGCCUUCAAAGCAGCAGGUGAAAGGCUUGGCUCAGAUCUUGUGCUAGUUCUGCGCUGGUGCAGCCUCAUUGAUUUGCUCUGGCUUGAGGGAGAAGAGGAGCAGCAUGGAGGCUGGCCCGUGUGGAGCAGGAGAGUGCUUCCAUUGUCUUAGGGCUUGUGCAGCGUGGCAGAAGCACACCUGCGUGUAGCCAGCUUGCCGCAGAGCCGCGGAGCUGUUCCGUACACGUUGCCUUAAGGUUGCAGGCUCGCUCCUGCUGCACCCUGGACUUUCUGAGCUCUGGACGGUGAGUGCUGGUUCAGGUGGAGCAGGUAUGGUCAUUUGGUUGGAGCAAAGGAUUGGGAGCCUGAGAAACUUGGAUUGGAUUGUUUUGCUUACAGCAGUACAGCUCUGUGGGAGUUCAUCUGUGUUACACCACCACAAAGGAGACCAGAAUUGGGCCACUAUAGAGCUUUGCCUCCCUAAAUAGCCUUGGGCAAGUCGCUUUACCUCUCUGCCUCAGUUUCCCCAUCUGUAAAAUGGGGAUAAUAAUACUUACCUACCUCACAGGGGUGUUGUGAGGACUCACGAACUUUGGUAAAGCACUUUGAAUAUGAGAAGCGCUCUGUAAGUGCUGAGAGUGGAUAUGAAGUAUUAUUAUUAACUACACCUUGUGAUGCAUAAAAUUCCUUGUGCCAAAGGUGAGCAGCUGUAGAAGGAUGCAAGGGGAAACUGGUAAACUUCACAGUGGCAAAACAAAGUCAGUUUGCCCCUUUUUCUCCUCUCUAUAAAUACAUGCCCAUGAUGAGUUCUGUCCAUUCCUCAUCUGCCACCAGUCAAGUACACGUGGCCCUGUCUCUGAACUUUGCCUUUUCAUUUGCCAUGAGUGAAAUUCAUGCCCCACGGUGAUAUUUUGAACCACCAUAAUGCACUGCCCUCCUCCACCUCACCAGGGCGGGGGCUUUGUGUGGGUUCAUUGCACAGAGAUGGGUUUCAGCUGUGGCAUCGGGUUGGAUUGUGUCCUGCAAGGAGCAACCAAUCCAGGACUGCUUGCAGCAGAGAGCUUGCACCAGCUGGAAAAGCUCUUCAGUCUCCAUGCCAUCAUGAUCCUCAGUUUGGAGGCAUUGGCCUGAGGAAGGUUCAGGCACUACUCAGGCACUACUGUGUUUCUUUUAUAACAUCUUUAUGAUGUCCAGCUAGGCUUGAUACAAAAAGUCAUGGUGUUUUCCAUUAGGUUUGUUCUCCAGGAGCUUGUUGAAAUUCAGCAGAUGUGCUGUGUGCAGUGUGAGCCACUUUGUUAAAGACAAGAUUAUUGAACUAGGAGGUCAAUAAAAAAGGUUGAGAAAUUAGGGACUUCUGAGAGGGGGGAAAAAAGAUAAGCAGGGAUGUGGGUAGCACUGCUGAAACGUCUGAAUUGGUGUCUGCGACUGUAGGAAGUUAAGCAGAUGUUGCAAUUUGUGGCUGAGGAGGAAUUUAACUUAUCUUUCUGCUCUGUAAGAGGAGACUUUGGAGAGAAUUGCUGAAGAUGUAGAGCCUUGACGAAGGGUCACUCUGGGCGUUGCUCCCUGCAAACACAACCUGGCUGACCUGCAGCCCUGGAAUUUUGUUGGGGUUUGUUGUUUGUUUCUUCUUCCCCAAGAAUGUCUGUAACAUUUGCAAGUCCACACAAUACCCUUGAAAUUACGUCCCCUAUAUUUUUCCAUUUCAAAUGUGUUUUUAUGGGUUGAUUCCUGCUGCCUGUUAACUUCCCCCGUGAAGCACAACCUGCGGAGGGGUUCCUUGCAGGUUGCUUGGCUGCUCUGCCUCCUGUAAACCUGGUGGCACCUUUGAGCCACCUUCCUGGGAUGAGCUGAGAUUGGCAGCAUUCCAGAGGCAUUUACAAACCCGAACGGGAGGCUGAACUGUGUCAUUUAUCAGUAGGUUUCUAAUUGUGAACUGUAAAAUAAAGACUGAAAAGAG